AUGUUUAGAAAAGGGUUUAACUACUUCAAAGGUUGUUCAAAGCUUGGUUAUAGAAAUGUUAAACAAAUGGUAUACUCGAGGACAUUUAUAAGAUGUAUUUCCAUUAAUAUCCAUACUACCAAGCCUUUGCAAUCAACCUCGAAAAACAUCAAUGGGGUUGGUUAUAAAAAAUGGUAUGAAUUGACAUUGAAAGAGAAGCAUCAAUUUAUAAAUUCAUUUGUUGAAAAUUAUAAACUUCAUUAUCCAAGUUCGAAAACCAACGUUUCGUUGAAGGCAUUAGCAUUGGGUAUUGAUGAAUAUCAAGAUAGUCCAUCUGUUUUUGGUAUUUUCUAUAAUGAUAUUUGGUUACGAAGGGUAAAAGAGAAUACAACAAAAAAAGUACGGACGAGAAUACCUAUUAUAAGAAUAUUAACCGGUAUUUCAAGAAAAAGGCAUGCGAAGACCGAUUUUCACAUCCAAGUUUCCAGAGUUUAUUGUUUCGUAGGUAAAAGUUUUUUACAAAACUUAUGUAUAUAUAUAUAUAUACAUAUUUAA